AGAGAGAAAGAGGCUGCUGUUUGUUCAUGCGUUUCGUUCUCCAAAAAAAAAAAAACACAGAGCCAAAAAACAAUCUAGCCUCCUUCUCUUCUUCUUCUACCAGUCUCUCUUCCCAUCUCAAAAACCCUAAUUUCUAUUCGAUUUCUCUCUUUUGAAAACCCUAAUCGUUUCCUCCACUCGCUUCUCCUUCCAUCGCUUCCCGUUUCCUCUCUCGGUUUGUUUUUUUUUUUUUUUGCAACUUUCAUCUUUCUCCCUCCUUGGGUAGGAAGCCAUUGUUUCGUUUGAACGAUUGCAUCUAAAAAACUCCUGCAUAUUCCGUUUAGACGAAUAAUCUCCGUCUUGGUUUGGUUUCGUUGUCGCACCCACCGUUUCAAUUUUCUUAUUCCGGGAAAAAAUUUCUGGUGAUGCGUUGAACGAAUUUCUCCGUGGUAUUGAUUCUAGGGCUUAGGCUGAUUAAUAUCGGGAGUGAUAGUCAUAUAUAGAAGAUAUUAUUGCGUAGGGAUUUUAGGGUUUUCUGGUUUGGUGCCAUCACUGUAAUUGAGGCUAGUUCCUUUAUUGGUAGGUUUAUCGAUAGCGAUUAUGAUCUUCGAGCAUCUUUAAAAUCAUCCUGUGGGAGAGACGGUUUUCUCGUCACUGAUUUUCGUGUAGCUUUGAGACGAAUCAUUAUUUUUUGUGGGAAAUUUUGGAUUUUGAGAUUAAGCAGACGAAUGAUUGUGAUAUCUUCCCUGCCCUUUUGUGGUGUUAGGUGAUUAGAGGGUAGCGAGAUAUUCAGCAUUUUAUAUAGGAAGACGAGGCUUUUUGGUUAUAUUGUUCUUGAGGGUGAAAAAGGCCAGAGGAUUUGCAAUUUCGUUCUUUUAUUCUGAUGAAGUAUAGCUUUACUGAUGGAGAAACGUGAACCCUCUUUAGUUCCUGAAUGGUUGAGAAGUACAGGGCAUGGUUCUGGUGUUGGGAGUAAAAAUCACAUUCUAUCAUCUUCUUCUCGUUCAGAUUCUUCCUUGUCACAUAAUAGCAAGAGUAGGAAUUCUAGGAGCAAAAGUGAUGUUGAUUCAGCUCGGUCUCCGUUUCUCGAUCGAUCUUCUUCCACCAAUGCACGGAGGGGAUUUAGUAAUGGGUCUACCAAAAAUGCAUAUAGUAGUUUCAAUGUCAAUAGGAGCCACAGAGAUAAAGACCGGAGCAGGGAGAAGGAUACGUGGAGCUACAUGGAUCCAUGGGAUAAUGACAAUCCUCUGGAUGCCUUCUUGAUUGGUAGGGAUCAGGAGAAACUGAGACGAUCACAGUCAAUGACAACAAGGAAACAGGGCGACCACCUGCCUCAACGACUUACAGUAGGAUUAAAAAAUGGUGGCAACAAUAAGUUUUACAAUGGUGGUGGUAUACUUCCUUUAACUAGCCUUGCAAAGACCUCCAAAAAAACCGGGUUCGAAAGGGAUUUUCCUUCGCUUAGGGCCGAAGAGAGGAAUGGAGGACCAGACGUUGUAAGAAUCUCAUCUGCUGGUCUAAGUCCUGCUGUUCAGAGCUUGUCGGUUGGUAACUCGGGCUUGAUCGUUGGGGAAGGUUGGACAUCGGCUCUGGCAGAGGUUCCUAAUGUUAUUGAGAAGAGUGGCUCUGGGUCCCAAGCUCAUGUUGGUACUACGGGUACCUUAACAGGACCGACUUGUCGUAACAUGGCUGAAGCAUUGGUGCAGGCUCCAGCAAGAACUGGUACACCACCACAGGGAUCUGCAAAGAUACAAAGACUUGAAGACCGAGCGAGACAGUUGAUACCAGUUGUGCCUUCAGCACCAAAGGGCUCAAUUCUGAACUCUUCUGAUAAAUCCAAGGCCAAACCAAUUGUUCGAAGUGGUGAAAUCGGUCUUGCUUCUUCAAGAAAUACCCACCAGCAGUCCUCUAUGCUGCUUGGUAAUCUUCACUCUAAUCCUGGAAGUCAGAUCAAGCCUGAUCCUAUUAAGAAGCUGGUGGUUCUCAAACCUGCAAGGGAAAAUGGGGUAUCUGCUGUUAAGGAAUCUGGAAGUCCAAGUCGUGUAAUCAACAGCGGAGCUGGUGCUAACCAGACGACUGCUGCUCCAUCUACACAAUUUACUGCGUCUGUGAGAAGAGAGCCCAGGGAAGCUUCCGUCAUGCUAGCUGGAAAAACCGCUGAAAAGAAACUUUCCUUGGCUCAAACUCAGAGCAGGAAUGCAUUUUAUAGUGCUUUGAAGAAGAAAACAUCUACAAACAUCUCAACUGAUCCAUCAAAAACUAACUCCAUCUUUUCUUCCGUUGAGGAGAAGGCAAAUAGAUCUAAGGAGCUUGUAGCUAGUGAAUCUCCAAGUGCACAAGCUGUAGAAAGAAAUGACAUCGUCAUGGAAAAGGUCGACAAAGUUUCUGGAGUUGCAGAGAGUAAUAGUUGUUUUGAAUCGGCAGACCGUCCAGAUGAAAAAGAGGCUGAGUUUCUUAAAUCCCUUGGGUGGGAUGAAAACAAUACCGAGGAAGACGAAGCCCUCACAGAGGAAGAGAUCAGAGCCUUCAUUGAACAGUGUAAAAAGUUCAAGCCUUCACUGGUGCAGAAGCUGCCUAUCAUACAAGAGGCAACAGGGGACGUAACUCCCAAUUCGUGAUCCGAUUUUGAAGAUAGUUUCUCAUUCUCUUUCCUUCAUUUUCCUUAUUUUCUUGGGGAUUUUAUUUUGGUUACUUUGGCGGCGAGGCUUCAGUUGCAGUAUUAGUGUUGUUCUACUUCUUCAGAGGUGCAACUGACUAUUUUGUACAUCUUUGGUCUGAAGAUAAGAGAGGUUUUGUUUUGCCAGCUUCUUUAGGUUUCUAAUAUUAGAAGAUAAUGUUGAUGAGGGAAAGAGAAAUUGCUGAUGGUAAAAAAAAAAGAAUAAUAAAUUUAAAGGCUUUGUUCCUAAUUAUAAUGAAAUUCUUCUUUUGCUCA